CGACUGCUUCCGACGAAGAAGAUGGACCGGUCACCGCCAAUACGCCCUAGCCCUCCCAGCCGCGGCCGCGGAAGAGGCCGCGGCCGCGGAAAAGUUGGCGGACGCGGCCGUGGACCCCGCCUCCUCUGCAGCAACACCAGAAUUUUCACUAUCCUGCCGCUGCAGCCUGGACUCCUCCGGCUCUUCUCACGAGACCGCAAGAUCAUCAUCAUCAUGCUCACCAGCAUCAGCAACAUUCUGUUCCGAGCAACGUGGAGUGGCUGGAGAGUGUUGACCGGGCCGUCGCGAAGGCUCGGCGCGAUCUGCUCGCGGCUGGCGAGAGCGUCUCGUCCUGGAAGGUCUCGCAGGCCGCGGUCUUGGCUCUGCAGGUCGAAUCGUGGAGCUCCUUUGGACUCAGCAUGCAGCAAGUGCCCGCUCUUCAGAGCUUAAUGGCUGUUGAAGGAAAGAUAAAUUCAUUUAUCCAUUGCUUUGUGGAAACCCGGAGAAUCGCCUCAUUGUAUGAUCUGGAAAGGGCAAUCUGCAAAGAUGAGGGCAUUGAACGAUUUGAAGAGCUUGAAUUGGGCUCUUUUUUGCAAUAUCCGCUUGUUGUGCAUUACUUUUCCCUGAACAGUGAUGUGAUUGAAGUGUUUGAGAUAACUAGUGAGGAGAUUGUAUGUCAUCUUGGUGAAUACAUAUCUAUACACAAGAGUAGGAAAAACAUUGAGAUUGGGGACCUCCUCAGCUCUAUAGCCGAAAAGAAAUCAGUCUCAGAAGUGGAAAAGCUUGGAGUACGAAUUCAGAACCUGGGGCUUCAUAUAUCCUUUAUCUUAGAUGCAAAGAGAUCGGAAGAGACAUGCUUGAGGACAUAUCUGAAGGAGCUGACACAAGAAGUUAAUGAGCAGCGGCCAGUUGAUAUAUGUAUGGCAUUGAAGGAAGAUUAUAGUGGCAAGGACUUAAAUUUCGUUUCUUCAAGGUCAGAUGAUGAAGAUGGUGAUAACUUCUCAAAUGAAGAUAAGCAGCACGAUGAUGAUUGUAAUCGAGAUGAAAAAUCAGACCAACACAUGCACAUUGAUGCAGAAUGGCUUAAAAGAGACAUGGAAGAGCGGGACAAAUUUCUGACAAAUAAAGCCAAUUACACAAAAAAGGGUAAAAGAAAGAAAGGUGCUAGUCUGGUUCUGGAGACUAGUAAUAUGAGAGUUUUCAUGAAAACAUGGAAGGAGGCAUGUCAAGCAUCGUCUAUUUCCGAGGUCAUCGAGAAAAUGCUAGACAUGUAUGAAGUAUCCAAGAAAAGGCAACGCAAGAUUUGCGCCAUGCUUCCAUAUCCCUUGGUCGGGUUGUUAAAUGUCGCUGUAACUUGCAUAAAAUGUGGAAAGUUGGAAGAUGUAUAUGAUGCUAUUGGUAAACAAACGGCAGAUGGGAUCACUCUCUCGACCCCCCUGCCUGAAAGCAAAGAUAUACAUUCUACUUUAGAGAGUACAACCGACAAUGCUCGGCACAGUGCAAAACCUACAAAAAGUGUCACUGUUGAAGACAUUGCCAGAGAAAUUGGUGCUUAUUAUCAGCUUGAUCAUGAGAAAACAAGCAACAGCAAAUCAGUUUUGGAGAUGAGAGUUAAUUUGUUGAGAAAGCUUCUUGACUGUGGCCCUUGGCUGGCAAAGCAAUUUUUCGUUCAUGAAUUUGAGUCACUCGGUUAUGGAGAGUUUUUCAGUUUUCUGACGGAACACAUAUCUCUCAUGCCUACUGGGCUGAAACAGUUCUUGAAUGGUGACAUUUAUGAGAAGUCCCACUUUGAGGUUUGCAUGCUGCAGCAUCAGUUGAUGGUACUAAUAUCACAAGCAUUGAAUAGCUUGUGGGACGGUGAAGUAGUGACCAAACAGAUGAUUUCAACAUUGCUUUUGAAGCAAUUCCCCAAUCUCAGUUUCAAAAUGGAAGUUGGUUCAGUGGAGGAUUUUCUAAAUAUUGUUGGGGAUUAUAGAGGUACCGCAAUGUCAAAGUGCGUCCUUUUCUCUCAGACAUUGAUGGGUGCCCAUGGUCACGCUAUGCUGGCGCUUGAUGAUGAUUUUGCGGUUGAACUUGAAACCAUUGGUAGAGGAACUGAUGUCUCACCGAAAAUAGGAAUAUUGGAAUCAGUCUCAUCUCAGGAUGCAAUUGAAGUCUUACUAAGGGCGCCCAUGCUGUCAGAUUUAAGUCAUUGGUCACAUUGGGAGAUUGAGUUCGCUCCACAUCUUGGCCCUCUUGUAGGAUGGUUGUUGAAUGAAGUUAAUAGAACAGACUUGUUGUGUAUAGUGACAAAAGAUGGUAAUGUGAUCCGGAUUGAUAGUUCAGCUAGCGUGGAUUCAUUUCUGCAAUGUGCCCUUCAAUUAUCACCUUUCCAGACAGCCGUUCAAUUGCUCUCUUUGUUCUCAAUAGUUGGGGGACAAAAAUAUGUUCCUGUGUCUCUUUUAAAAUGCCAUGCACGUCGUGCAUUUGAAGUCAUCUUCAAUGAUCAUCUGGAACAUAAGGAAGGGACUGACAGUUGGAAUCUUCAGAUGCAAGAAAAAGCAGCCGGUACGUCAAAGCUGUUGGAUCAAGUUUAUGCUAGUAGAUCAUUCCAGAAUUCCACUAGCACGUGUAAUGCAGUGCUUGUUGCAUCGAGAUAUUUUCUUGAAUGCCUUGGUUAUAUUCCUUCAGAGUUUCGUACUUUUGCUGCUAAUGUGUUACUAUACGGCAUGCAAUCUGUCAUUAAACAUGUACCUUCAACCAUCUUGUCAGAAUGUAAGCUUAUGGAGGAACGGAUCAUGCUUCAUGAAGUGGGACUAUAUCUCGGUGUUGUGGAGUGGAUUGAUGACUACCGUGUUUUCUGCUCCUCUACUGAUGGUGAGAUAUGUAAGGCCUGUGAAGCUCCAUUGUUCAAAGCUGACGCCUCUAAGUCAAGCACAGGCUCACUGUCUGCUAUAUACAAUCCACAAAAAUCAAUUCCUGCGGAAGAAGACAAGAUUGUGCUCUCUCUUGUUUCUAAGGGUCAGAGUAUCAUAAAUAAUGAAAUCUGUCAAAGUUCUGAUAGUCCAGAAGUCUGCAUAGAUAAGGGUCUGGCACAAAACGAAACCGUUGAAUAUGAGGACGCUUGCUCAAUCAUUGAAUCUAUCAGGCGAGAAGAAUUUGGUCUUGAUCCUAGUCUUUCUAGUACAGACAGUAGCUUGUUGAAAAAGCAACAUGCCCGUCUGGGGAGAGCACUUCAUUGUCUUUCCCAGGAGUUAUACUCUCAGGAUUCUCAUUUUCUUCUUGAGUUAGUCCAAAACGCUGAUGAUAAUGUUUAUCUGGAAAAUGUGGAACCAACUUUAACAUUUAUUCUUCAAGAUUCAGGUAUCAUUAUUUUAAAUAACGAGCGAGGCUUUUCAGCUGAAAACAUCAGAUCUCUGUGUGAUGUUGGAAAUUCAACAAAAAAAGGAUCUCGUGCUGGAUACAUUGGGCAGAAAGGGAUAGGCUUCAAAUCAGUAUUUCGGGUAACAGAUGCUCCAGAGAUACAUUCUAAUGGAUUUCAUGUGAAGUUUGACAUAACUGAAGGUCAAAUUGGUUUUGUCUUGCCAACUCUUAUCCCUGCUUGCAAUGUCAAUUUAUUUUCUAGGCUGGUUUCUAGUGAUUCUGAUGAAAUGAAUGGUAGCUGCUGGAACACUUGUAUUGUACUCCCUUUUAGACCAAAACUGUCGGAAGGAAGUGCCAUGAAAAGCAUUUUAGCUAUGUUUUCAAAUCUUCAUCCAUCAUUGUUACUCUUUCUUCAUCGUCUCCAGUGUAUUAAGUUUAGAAACAUGCUGAACGAUUCACUGAUUAUUAUAAGAAAAGAGGUUCUGGGGGAUAAUAUUGUCAAGGUAUCUCAUGGGAAAGACAAAAUGACAUGGUUGGCAGUUUCUCGAAAGUUGCAGUCAGAUUUCAUUCGGCAUGAUGUGCAAACUACCGAGAUUGCGAUGGCAUUUACACUGCAGGAAGGAGAUUGUGGUUAUUACAUCCCCUUUCUAGCGCAACAGCCAGUAUUUGCAUUUCUUCCUCUGAGAACUUACGGUUUAAAAUUUAUUCUCCAAGGUGACUUUGUACUUCCCUCAUCAAGAGAGGAAGUGGAUGGAGAUAGUCCCUGGAACCAAUGGUUACUGUCAGAGUGUCCUGAGUUGUUUGCAAGUGGAGAAUCCAGGUAA